GUGCACUCUAAAAUUUGGUGGAGUAAAUCCGAGUUACUUGUGGGAGGGGAAACAAAUAAACCUCAUCCGUCAUCACUACCACCUUAAAACAAAGAGAGAAAACCCAAAAUCAACAUAAGUAUCAGUAUUAGUGUAUUAGCAAAGCAACAACAAUGGCGUCUUCUUACUCAGAAUUUAAAGGCCAACCUCGUCUUCCCAAAUUCGCUUCUCCAAAACGUUACGACAUCCGCCUCAAACCCGACCUUGUUGCCUGCAUAUUUGAUGGUGUCGUUGCCAUUGAUGUUGAUGUUGUUUCGCCCACCAAAUACCUCGUCCUCAAUGCUGCUGAUCUCAGUGUUGAUUCGUCUUCUGUUUUCUUCAAACUCAAGUCAACUUCUCUGGAAAUCCGAGCAUCUGGAGUGGGAUUGAUUGAAGCAGAUGAGAUAUUAGUUGUUGAAUUCGGACAAGAACUCCCUGUCGGAAUCGGGAUUUUGAAUAUUUCUUUUCAAGGAACCCUAAAUGAUCAAAUGAAAGGAUUUUACAGGAGUGUAUAUGAGAUUAAUGGCGAGAAAAAGAACAUGGCGACCACUCAAUUCGAACCAGCUGAUGCACGACGGUGUUUUCCUUGCUGGGAUGAACCAGCUGCUAAGGCUACAUUCAAGAUUACUUUAGAUGUGCCUUCCGAUCUUGUGGCACUCUCGAAUAUGCCUGUCAUUGAAGAAAAGAAAGAAGGGGAUAUUAAGACAGUUUAUUUCCAGGAGUCUCCAAUAAUGUCAACAUAUCUGGUUGCUGUAGUUGUGGGUUUAUUUGAUUUUGUGGAAAGUCACACCUCUGAUGGUAUUAAAGUUAGAUGCUAUUGUCAAGUUGGCAAGACAGAACAAGGAAAGUUUGCUUUGGAGGUUGCCGUUAAGACUCUUGAAUUAUAUGAAAAGUAUUUUGAUGUGCCUUAUGCCCUACCCAAAUUGGAUAUGAUUGCUAUUCCUGAUUUUGCUGCUGGAGCCAUGGAAAACUAUGGUUUGGUUACAUAUCGUGAAAGUGCUUUGCUAUAUGAUGAGAAGAACUCGGCUGCUGCUUACAAGCAAAGGGUUGCUAUUGUGGUUGCUCAUGAAUUGGCUCAUCAAUGGUUUGGCAAUCUUGUGACAAUGGAAUGGUGGACACAUUUAUGGCUGAAUGAGGGAUUUGCGACAUGGGUAUCUUAUUUAGCAGCUGAUGCUUUAUUUCCCGAAUGGAAAAUUUGGACUCAGUUUCUUGACCAGACUACUGAUGGACUUAGGCUGGAUGGUCUUUCGGAAUCUCAUCCUAUAGAGGUGGAGAUUAACCAUGCAAGUGAAAUUGAUGAAAUAUUUGAUGCCAUCAGCUACAGGAAAGGUGCUUCUCUCAUUAGGAUGCUUCAAAGCUAUCUUGGCGCUGAUCCUUUUCAGAGAGCUCUAGCAUGCUAUAUAAAGAAAUAUGCUUGCUCUAAUGCCAAGACAGAAGACUUAUGGGCUGUUCUUGAGGAAGUAUCUGGUGAACCAGUAAAGGAAUUAAUGAAUUCAUGGACACAGCAGAAAGGUUAUCCUGUUAUAUCUGUGAGCGUCAGAGACGAAAAGCUGGAGUUAGAGCAGGCACACUUUUUGUUGAGUGGUUCCCCUAGUGAUAGCCAGUGGAUUGUCCCAAUAACAUUAUGCUGCGGAUCUUAUGAUAAUCAUCAUAGUUUUCUCCUGAAAGAAAAAUCUGGAAGUCUUGAUAUUGUCGGGUCUUCUUGGAUUAAGUUUAACGUGGACCAAACAGGAUUUUAUAGAGUGAAAUAUGAUAACAUACUGGAAGCCAAACUUAGGGAUGCUAUAGAGAGAGGUCAAUUGUCUGCAACUGAUAGAUUCGGUGUUUUGGAUGAUACAUUUGCCCUCUGUACGAGUGGUCAACAAUCUCUGACAUCUUUGUUGACUUUGGUAGCUUCAUUCAGAGAGGAAACUGACUAUACUGUUCUCUCCAAUUUAAUAAAUAUUAGCUACAAAGUUAUGAGGAUAGUGGCUGAUGCUACGCCUGAAUUAGUUGAUGGCCUCAAAAAGUUCUUCAUUAGUCUUUUUGAACAUCCUGCUGGAAAACUUGGCUGGGAGCCCAAGCCAGGCGAGAGCCACUUGGAUGCCUUGUUGAGAGGAGAGCUACUGACUGUGCUUGCUGAGCUUGGUCAUGAGGGUACUCUCAAUGAAGCUAUCAGGCGUUUUGAAGCAUUCUGUGCUGACAGGAAUUCACCACUUCUACCACCUGAUACCAGAAAGGCUACAUAUACUGCUGUGAUGCAAAAAGUCACUGCAUCAAAUAGAUCAGGCUAUGAAGCUCUUCUAAAAGUAUACAGAGAGUGUGAUCUGAGCCAGGAGAAGGGACGCAUAAUAGGUUCACUGGCAUCCUGUCCAGACCCAGAAGUUGUUCUCGAAGUCCUCAACUUUUUAUUGUCUUCUGAGGUUCGAAGUCAAGAUGCGAUUUUUGGAUUGUCAGUCAGCUCUCAGGGGCGUGAAACUGCUUGGAAAUGGCUUCAGGAUAAGUGGGAUUACAUUUCGAAAACAUGGGGUUCUGGUUAUCUAAUCACCCGCUUUAUCAGUGCGAUUGUGUCACCAUUUUCGUCAAUUGAAAAGGCAAAAGAGGUCGAGGAAUUUUUCGCAAGUCGAAUGAAACCUACAAUUGCGAGAACGUUGAAGCAGAGUCUUGAGAGAGUUCAAAUCAACGCAAGAUGGGUACAGGCCAUUCAGAAGGACAACCAACUUGCAACACUUGUGCAGAAUUUGUCACAGAGAAAUUGAUGGAAAACGGGAUCCUGCUUUUCCGCUUUCACAGAAAUGAUUCACGAUAGGAACUAGCUGUUAGAUACCCAAAUAAAAGAGAGAACCUCUGUGACGGUUUGAGCUUGGUUCGAGUUUGUUUGAACAUGGUCUGAUCGUUAGAACGUUGCUAUUUUUUUUAAUGCCUUCUGGUAGAAAUCCGUUGAUGUACGAUAAACUAUGCUGUAUGAUUGUUUCAGAAUCUCGAGCUGUUGUUUGUGUGUUUGGACGUUUUCGUUAUGUGGUCUUCCUACACUUAUUUGAGUUUAUUGUCCAUGGUAGACACUGCACGCUUUUGAAAAACUGGUCAACUUGUUAAUGUUCAAUGUUUGAUUGUGUCUAA